AUGGCAUCCCAGUUCCCAUCUGGCACCCGCGUCCGCUACCAAGACGCACACUACAUUGUCAUCGGCGCCGCGGAGCGCGGCCGCGUCCUCAUCCAGAACGAGGAUAACGCGGAGGAUAUCCUGCGUGUUGAGCCGGAUAGUUUAGUUAAAGUCUAG